UUUAUGGCAUUUGCGCGCGGGCAUGCUUUUUCUUUCAUUUUUUUUCAGUUAAAUAAUUACCUCUUUAGUUGGCACGCAUUUUUGGCUUUUUCUAUUAUAAAGUGUAUUUUUCUCAUUUUCUUUUCAUUCCGGGGUCUAUUAUUAUUUUUACUAUUAUUUGCCUUCAAUUUUUAUGGUCUUGGUGAGGCACGGGGAGGUUGUUGGUUGAUGAGGUCGUUUAUGGUUUCUAUUUUAUGUUUUAUUGGUUAG